GGGCGUCCGAACAGCAGCUGCAGCGGCAGCAGUGGCUGCUGCGCCGAUGGCAGCCACAGCGGCGGAUGGCAGCAGUUUUGAAGACGUGGCACUGGGCAUGAUUCACCGGCUCGCUUCCGCUACCUCACGGGUGCUCCCGCCCACAACAGGAACCGCAUUCGCAGCGCUGGAGCCGCCGCCAGCGCAGCACGUAGCGGCGGCGGCCGCCUUGGCAGCCGCCUCCGCCGCAGCGGCGAAGCACCGGUCUGCUGGCGGCGGCGGCAGCAGCGGCGGCGCUGAGCUGGAACUGCAGGUCGCCAUGCAGGGCCUUAUGUCCGCCGCCCGACAGGCCACCAGUGAGGAGGCGAUGCGGGCGGAGAGGGAGCGGCGGCGACAGGAGGCGCUAGCGGCGGCGGAGGCGGAGAUCGCGGCAUCGGAGGAGCGGGCGGUGCAGCUGGCGCGAGCUGUGUUGUACCUGCGGUUGUGGCGGAUGGCGGCGGUGUGGGCGCGUAGGGAGGUGUGGGAGCUGCGGGCGGGGCUGGAGGCGGGGCGGCUGCGGAGGUGCCUAGCGGGCUGGGGUGCGGCGGCGCGGGGACUGCGGGCCGAGCGGCUGGCGGGGGAGGCGUUGCAGCUGGUGGAGGAGAGCAGGAAGGAGCAGAUUGCGCUGCAGUUCCGGCGGCUGUGGCUGCUGCACAGCUGCGUCAGGGGCUGGCGGCUGGCGGCGGGUGAGGGCGCGCAGCGGCAGCGGCAGGAGGCGCUGCAGGCGGAGGAGCUAGAGCGGG